AUGGAGAGUCGCUUACGUUUGCUAACACCAUUGGUUAGGAUAAUCCAUCAAUCAACACUUCCAAUUACCAGAAAGCAACCGCGUGGCUGAGAAGAUACUUUCUUCAAUCUUCUUAACUAUAUAUUCUACAAGCUACCAUUAUUGCCAAGAUUCUAAAAGCACCUUCAUCUACAAUUAGCAAUAUCUUAUUCUUCCCUCCAUUAUUAUUUAUUUCUCACAGCAACACACAGAACCAAGAUAAUAUAUGGAGAAGACAGAGUGCUCUGAAGCAGAAAACUUUGGUUCUGUGACCACUAGCCUAGAACCACAGGCUACUGCCAAGAGGAAGAAAAACAAGAGCAAAAACCAGAGGAGGUUUAGCGAUGAGCAAAUCAGGUUGUUAGAGUCCAUAUUCGAAUCGGACUCAAAGCUCGAGCCAAGGAGGAAGGUGCAGGUUGCAAGAGAGCUUGGGCUGCAGCCUCGCCAGGUUGCCAUAUGGUUUCAGAACAGAAGAGCUAGAUGGAAGUCGAAGCAAAUAGAGCAAGACUUCAGAACACUCAGGGCUGAUUAUGACAACUUAGCAUCACGUUUUGAAUCUUUAAAGGAGGAGAAGCAGUCCUUGCUUAUGCAGAUGCAGAAGCUAAAUGAAGUUGUGGGAAAACCUAGUCAAGGGUUGGAAGGAAACAUCAUGGCUGAUGGCUCGAGACUAGAGGAGGAAUUAGAGCCGAGAGGAGUAAUACAGUCACACAAGAACAAUACAAGCAAUGAUGUUGGGUGCCAUGGAGAAGAAAUACAUGAGCUUCUGAGCAUGGCUCAUGUGGAUGCCUCCUCUUUGUCACCUCAAGAUUGGCAUAGAUUUGAUCCAAGCAUCCUGUUUGAUCCGUCGCGUUUUACUAGUUCACACUGGUUAAAUUUCUGGACUUGAAGAUUGGAUGUAAAUUGUAAAUUAGUUUGAAGAUUUUUCCUCUGAUGUAUUGAGCAUGAGUGAGGUAUAUAUAUGAAUGGAUUCAGCAAAGCUAUUGAUUAAGGUCAAUUAACAUCUUCUA